AUGGGUUCACAGAAGGAGACCCCUCCCCGACCCCCGCCCGGCCGGCCGGCCCCGCCCCGCCUCGCCUCGGCUCGCCUCGCCUCACCUGCUCUGAGCCCGCUGCGGCUGCGGCUGCGGCUGCGGCGGCGGAGGCAGCGGCUCCAGGCGGCGCAUCCCCCGGGGACGGGGCGGAGAGGGGGCAGGGGCGGGGGCGGCUCAGUGCGGUGCUGGGAGGCCCGCUCCCUCCGGCGGCGGUGGCGGCGGCCUCCCGACCGGGACCAUCCCGGCCCGGCCCGGCCCGGAUCCUUCUCGGGCGACGGCGACGGCGGCGGCAGCGGCAGAUGUGGACACUCCUGCACCGGAGCCCCGCGGGCUGGCCGCAUCACGUGCCGUAGGCGGGCGCCCCCUGGCGCGGGGAGGGAAGUGCGGCGGCUGCGGCCGGAGCGCGGGGAGCCGGGCCACCCCUCCUUGUACGUCGGCGGGAGCAUCCCCGGCAGACGCGAGGACCGGGAGCUGUACGGGCGGAUCGUGUCGCGGCUGCGGCGCUUUGGGGCGGAGCUCACCGAGCACUUGGCGGCCGCCGAUCAGGGCGCGGGCGGAGAAGAGGCUGCUGGGGGCGACAGGCUCAUCCAUGAGCAGGACCCGGCCUGGCUGCAGCAGGCAGAGGAAGUGGCCCAGCCCUCUCUGGGUAUAGGCUACGAGCUGGACCGGGCCGUGGCCCGCAGUAAACCAGUCCUGUGCCUGUUCCGCCCGCAGUCUGACCGAAUGCUCUCGGCCACGAUCCAGGGAGCAGCCGAAGGCUCGCAGGUCCAGGUGUGGGGCUAUGAGGCGGCAGAGGCGGCGGAUCCUCCUGAGCGGUGGCUGCUCCCCUGACCCCACCACUUGACCUCACCCCAGCUUAUUAAAUUCUCCUGACCCCAGACUUGCUCUAGUACCAUUCCUACCCCUU